CAGGCACUGCCUGCCAUUGUGCACCGUGAACUAGCUGCGGAUCGAAAGGCCCCGCCCCACGAUUGCUGUUACUGCUAUGCUAAUGCGCCACGGGAGAGAUGGCCGUCGCCGAAAAAGCGACCAUUUCCCACCUCGAUUCCCCUCCCUCCUUUGUCAGGAUCCUCUUCCUCCGAGGAUCCAUCCCGCAGAUUCCCCUUUCCUUGCUCUUCUAUUGUGCCCGAUUGGUUGUAAUGUUGUAGACGCUGGCCUACCGGAGAUUUGCUUCGCUUUUGUUCCCCCCUCGGUGGCAUUCGUUUGCAGGAAGGUCGUGAGCACUAGUUGGAUGGUCGUUGUGAACAGCCAAUUUGGGGGACGGAAUCCAAUCCGGAGGGAGUGUUUUGAAUGGAUUGUGGGGUUCUGACGUUGGGUUCGCGAUCACGCGCGUAAUUUGGGUAUGCUGGCUCUUGGGUUCUUGCGAUGAAUUGGUGUGUGGCAAUGGGUUCGCGUGUUAGGUUUAUGGCUAUGGCUUUGUUGAAGUGUUGUCGCAGUGGCUACACACCCUUGGUUCCGAAUUUAAUGUUUCACAGCUGGAACCACCUUCGUGACAUCCAGGCUUGAGUCGCAGGCAUCGUAAAGCUGACGUCGCGGGUGGAGUGCAGAAAGUGGCGUGUGAAUUAAGCAGAUAAAAUCGUGUACUUGCGGUUUGUGAGCGUCACCCACUUGCUGUAGCGGACGUUUUCGAGAUUGACAUUGCAACUUAGGGUCUCCAAUAGCUCCUUAAGGAAAUUCUAAGCUCGUUUUUUCUGCUCCGGUUGCGUCAAUUCUAUAAUAUCUGGUCUGCAUGUAAGGCUACUUUGAUUUCAGUUUAUCUCUGUUUCUCGGUUAUAUCCUCGCAAUCCGUGCUACUUUUAGCACAAUUUACGUCUUCAGGGAGUACUCUGAUGUUAGUUGCAAUCCGCCUUUUUAGCAACUACGAUCAAUAUUUGUAAUGAACCUGACUCAAUCAAUUGUUUUUGAAUUCACGGCCCUAGCGCAUCAUUUGCAGUUGCGUGUGUGACUUUGAGACGAACAGUUAGGUUUUCAUUGAUUUAGCACUCUACUUUAGAGCGAUGAAGUUCAGGACUGCACAUUGAUAGUUCCAUCGUGUUUUACCUACAGUAAGGAAGAAAAAUUGACAUGACGCUUCUUUGCGUACAUUGAAUCUUCCAGCAGGGACUCAUUAGAACCGGCAACUUUGUGACCUUGUGAUAACGGAGUGUCGAUAAAAAUGCACUUCAGGAAUUUUGAAGAAUUUUGGCCCUUUUAUGUCAACCAACAUUCAAAUGCAUCGACACGGAGAUGGCAUUUCUGUGCAACCGGUUGCGCGACUCUGUUUUUGAUAGCUGGAAUUGUAAUAAAAUGGUGGCUCCUGUUCUUCGCUCCUAUGUUUGGGUACGGGCUUGCCUGGUACAGCCAUUUCUUCAUUGAAGGGAAUACACCAGCCUCUUUCGGUCAUCCAAUAUGGUCCUUGAUUUGCGACUAUAAAAUGUUUUUCUUGAUGCUGACUGGUCGAAUGGAUCGUGAGAUAAAGUGGCUAGGGAAAAGGCCCAUGAUUCAGGUUUCAUAACCAAUUUCUUCUUCAUUGAAGACUUACUUUGUUUGUACAGACAUGGCAGAGUUGUUUGUCAUUGUACUUGGUUCCAUGGUGGACAGUCAGAUUCAGACAUCGGAAUCAGAAGUUGUGUUCUGUUUUCUACCGUGGUGGCGCUUUCUUUGCCAUCCUUUAGAAGGGCGGUCCAGUACUGGGUCAACCUUCUGUGUGUAGCAAGAAGUCUCCUAGCAGGCUUGCCCAAUUAGUUGCUCUGUUAUUCAUGUUGUUGCGAGAUGUAUCAUCCACGCCUGGAACAUAGAUUCGUGAACUCGCUGUCUUUGGUGUUUCAUGGUUCAUAAUUGCAAUAAAGAGCGUUCCAGGCCUUGUGCUUUCCGUUAGUGCUCUCAAGCUUCCAAACUAAA